AUGCUAUCUAAGCUGUUGCUUGCAUCGAGUGCGGUUCUAGCCGUGCUUUCUGGUUCUGCAAACGCUCAAACAAACAUCACUGACAAGGCUUGUGCUUCCUCCUCUGAUUUCUCAAGCUGCAACAGGGAUGUCGCAGACAAGUGGAGCUCUUGCGUGAGAAACUGCAAUGGCAAUGGUAACUGUAUCGGGGAUUGCGGCUGCGACUCUCACACAAGAUAUAUCAACUGCAUGGCUGAAUCAUGCUGGAACCAGGUUUAUUCCUGCAAAUACCAGCUCUUCAUCCAGCAAUACUUUGCCGUUUGCCCAAGCGCCCAUGAGCCAAUCCCCUUCUGGCCAGCACCCGACAACGCCCCGAACCGGUGCUCCUGCGACAUUGCCAAAGUGGUAGAGACGACCCUAACCUCCCGCAAAGAGCAAGUAAACUGCAUGAAAAACGUCACCGACAAUAUCAGCACCGACAUCUCCGACCUCUCAAACCUCAGCAACGGACUCGACAUUGCAGGUCGCGCAUCCGACUGCGCCUGCUGUGGCGCCAGUGCCAGCAUUUCUGCAUCAUGGGAUAUCUGCCCACACACCAAGCCCCGACUCGCCGGCGCAGACAUGUGGGACGUCUUCUUCCCUUCCAGCCUACCAAACCUGUACACAUCGGUACCAGACUGGGCCUGGUCUUCCUCAUCCUGUGACUCGAAGAUCGAUAGUGGGAAGUGUAAGGGUCUCGGAUUCACCGCGGACAAAUUCUUCAAGCCAGGUGACUAUCCUAAGAAUGGAACAUCGGCUCUCUCCGAGGUUGCUGGGACAGUUAGUGCGCCACCGAGCGGCACGGUUCUUACCUGGUCGCAGGCUUCGAGUACCUAUACUGUUACGGCGACUGGGUAUGAUCGGAAGGCUGUGGCGAGUCAGAGUGAGUCGGCUGCUACGGCGACUGGGGAUAAUGAAGCUGCGGCUCAGACUUCGGAUAGUGCGGCUGGUGCUGUUGGUGUGCGGAAUGGGGGUCUGGGUGCGGUUGUUGGCGCGGUUUUUGCUGUUGUGAUGCUUUGA